UGCAGGAUAAAGCUUCUCUCAUAUAUCCAACAACCUAUAAAAUAUUCAAACAUAAAUAUGAUUUGUCUAAAGAUUACAUCAGCUCUGGCCAUUUUGGCUGUAGUGUCAGCCAGUGGUGGUUACAACUACAACAACUUCGGUGGCGCAGGAUUCAAUGGUGGCUCAGGAGGAGGUUUCGGGGGCGGCUUCGAUGGCGGCUUUGGAGGUGGCUACAGCGGCAGCGGCGCUCACAUUCCAAUCCUCAGCUACCAAAACGUCAACGAUGGCAAUGGAAAUUACAGAUACAGCUACGAGACGGGUAAUGGUAUCAGUGCGCACGAGAGUGGGUCGCCGCGCGCGCCGGGCCCCGAGGGUCCAGCGGUGACGGCCGACGGCGGGUUCUCGUACCGCGCGCCCGACGGCCAGCAGAUCUCGCUCUCCUACACCGCCGACGAGAACGGCUUCCACCCCACCGGCAGCCACCUGCCCACCCCGCCGCCCAUCCCCGACGCCAUCUUGAAAUCUCUGCAGUUCAACAGGCAGAACCCUUCUGACGAUGGCUCUUACAACAGUGGACGCUACAACAACAAUGGUGGCUACAGAUACUAG